UGCAGAGCUGGUGCAGAGCCGCAUGAGAGGGGAGGACAGAGGAGCAGGAGGCAGAGGAGCAAGGGAGAGGGCUGGAGGGAAGAGGAAGCAUUAAGAAUCAGGAGGUAGACCAGCAGGCAGGAGCUCAAUGAACCAUUUCUCGAAUUCCAUGAACGCAAGAGGCAGUUUUCUUUUUUACAUGCAAUGCAUCUCCUCAAUGGCCAAGAAAACUCCGAGUGUUGCAUGCGGUUUUGUUGCGAUACAGAACAAGAUCCCUUUCCCUCGCGUGGGAAAGUUUGUGGGUCUUGAACGUUCUAUCUCUACCAGGAGCAGGCAAGUGCUGUACAGGACCUCAAGGCUUCGGUUGCACAGCAAAGUUUCGACCAACCCUGACGAAGUUCAUUUGCCAGUUCUUCUCGAGGAAGUGAAGUAAGCCUUCGAGGGCAGGAACUUGCGAUAUUUUAUUGAUGGCACCCUGGGUAUGGGCGGCCAUGCGGCCUCGCUCCUCGAGCAGCAUCAUGGUGCGCUUGAGAUGUACAUGGGCAUAGAUCAAGACCCGGAGGCGCUUGCGAUGGCGGGACGGCGACUAGAAAAGUUCAACCCGAAAGUGAAGCUAGUGAGAGGAAACUUUGCGGAGAUGAAGAGCAUCGCGAGUGCCAACGGCCUGGAGGAAAGAAGCAUUGACGGCAUCCUCCUGGACAUCGGGACUUCGAGCCUGCAGCUAGAUGACGCAGCUCGCGGGUUCUCCUUCAUGAGAGACGGGCCUCUUGACAUGCGCAUGGACCCCAACGGUCUGCUGACAGCUGCAGACAUCGUGAACAACUGGAGUGAGGAGGCGAUCGCGGAGGUUAUCUACCAAUACGGCGAAGAGAGGAAAAGCAGAUCGAUAGCCAAGAAGAUUGUCACUGCGAGGACUGAGAAGCCCAUCUCAACGACCCUGGUCUUGUGCCUCGCGUAUCCCCCGCAUGUCUCACCUCCUUGUCAGCAACUGUGCAAGAUCAUCGGAGGGCCGAGGUUCUCCAAGGGCAUCCACCCAUCCACCCUCACCUUCCAGGCCCUCCGCAUCGCCGUCAACAGGGAGCUGCAUGUGCUGACGCAUGUGCUUCCUCAGGCCAUGGACUUGCUCGCUCCGGGCGGGAGGUUGGCGGUGAUAAGCUUUCACUCCUUGGAGGACAGGAUCGUCAAGCAGACCUUCCGAGAUAGCGGGAGUUUUCGAUUGGUGACAAAAAGACCGAUCACAGCAACAACCGAGGAGACCAAGAAGAAUCCUCGCAGUCGUAGCGCAAAGCUUAGAAUCGUUGAGAAACUUUGA